AUGGACGGGGAGGGCCCCGCACACCCGGGGCACCACCAGCGCGGGCACCUGCUGGCUUUGAUUGUCUACAUCACAGCUGGCAGUACUCAGUACCCAAGCACAGAUAUGUUGUUUUCAGCUCAGACCAUUUUGGCUCACAUAUUGAAGACUUCUCUGUCAGAUCCCAUGGCUUCCUUUGCCACACCUGGAGUUCCUGAUGCCAGCUCAGCUGCCUUCUCAUCCAGUUCAUUUUCUAAGGCAGAAUCAGGUCCUGAGGUUGCUACUAUGUCCACCGUUGCAGAGAGCCUACCUUCAUCAUCUUCAACACCUUUCCCCUUUUCAACCUUCACCUCCACUGACUCUUCAACUAGCACAGCUCUCCAUGAAAUUACUUCCUCACCAGCUACCCCACGUACAGUGGGCACCAACCUUGAGGCAGAGAGCAGUACUGCUGAGGGACCCUUGGUUAUGGUCAGUACUUCGAAGACUUGGACCCAGCCACUCAGGACAUCUUUAUCACCCAUUAUGGAUGGCAGAAUGACAGAGAGUGUUGUCUUGCGAACAGGAACAAGUUCUUCUCAUGUUCUUCCACACUCAACACAGUCGACAAAGAUGACAGCCUUGUUGGUCACUAGACCUAGAGCAGAAACCAGCACAGCAGUUCCCAGGACAACCCCAUCUAUUUUCAAUAGAGGAUCAGAGACCACAUCCUCACUGGACCCUAGUUCUGGGGAAGAGACAAGUUCAGCUGUUCCAACUCUGACUGUUUCCCUUGGUGAGACAGAGACCACAACUUCAUGGGUCACCCAUCCUGCAGAGACCAGCUCAACUGUUUCCAGGGCAACCCUGAAUGUUUCCCAUAGUGAUGCAGACAGCACAUCCCCAACAGCUACCAGUUCUGGAGAAAAAGUGAGUUCAACUGUUCCAACUCUGACUGUCUCCCCUGAUGUACCAGGGAUGAUGACCUCACAGGUAACUAGUCCUGGGGCAGAGACAAGUAUGGUUAUUUCAACUCUGACUGAUUCCCAAGGUGAUCAAGAGACCAUAGCCUCAUGGGGUACCCAUCUGGAGGCACAGAGCAGUUCAUCCAUUCCAACUUCAACUGUCUCCCCUAGUGUGCCAGGGCUGGUGACCUCACUGGAUACUGGUUCUGGGGCAGAGACCAGCCCAGCUAAUCAAACUCUGACUGUUUCUCCUGGUGAGCUAGAUACAACAGUCUCAUUGGUUACCCAUCCUGGGGAACAGAUCAGUUCAGCUAUUCCAGCUCUGACUCUCUCCCCUGGUGUAUCAAGAGUAGAAAUCUCACUGGUCACCAGUUCUGGGGAAGAUAUUAGUACAACUUUUUCAGCUGUGACUGAUUCUCCGCACAAACCAGAGACAACAGCUUCGUGGGUCACCUAUCCUGGGACAGAAGCUGGUUCCUUUGUUCCGACUUUGACUGUCUCUCCUCGUGAGCCAGAUACAACAGCCUCAUGGGACUAUUCCUCAGAGACUGGGACACCUGUUUCUAGACCAACUCCGAAUUUUUCCCAUAGUGAAUUAGACACCACAUCUUCAACAGCCACCAGCCCUGGGGCAGAAGACAGUUCAGCCAUUCCAAAGAUGACUACCUCACCUGAUGUACAAGCUAUGGUGACCUUACUGGUCACUAGUUCUGUGACAGACACCAGUACAACUUUUUCAACUCUGACUGAAUCCCUGCAAGAAGCAGGUACAACAAUCUCAUUGGUCACCCAUCCUGCAGAGUCCAGCCCAAUUGCUCCCAGGACAACCUCCAGUGUUUCCCACAGUGAAUCAGACAGCACACCCUCAGUGGCCAGCAGCCUUGGGACAGAAGUCAGAUCAGUUGUUUCAACUACACCUAUGUUCCCUGGUGUACCAGAUAUGGAGACCUCAAAAGCCACUAGUUCUGGAACAGAUGCCACAACCACAGCCUCAUUGGCCACUCAUCUUGGGAUGCAGACCAGUUCAGCCAUACCAACUCUGACUGUUCCCUCUGGUAUAUCAGGGGUGGAAAUCUCAAUGGUCACCACUUCUGGGGCAGAGACCAGUACAACUUUUUCAACUCUGACUGAUUCUCCACAUGAACCAGAGACAAAAGCCUCAUGGGUCACCCAUUCUGGGACAGAAGCCAGUUCAGCUGUUCCAACUUUGACUGUUUCCUCUAGUGAGCCAGAUACAAUAGCUUCAUGGGUCACUCAUUCCACAGAGACCAGCACACCUGUUUCCAGAACAACUCUAAAUUUUCCCUGUGUUGAAUCAGACACCACAUCCUCAGUGACCAUCAAUCCUGGGGCAGAAGCCAGUUCAGCUAUUCCAACUACAGCUGUUUCCUCUGAUGUACUAAAUAUGAUGACGUCAUUGGUCACUAGUUCUGAAGCAGAGACAAGCAUAACUUUUACAACUAUAACUGAUUCCCCACAUGAACCAGAGACCACAGCCUCAUGGGUCACUCAUUCUGAGAUAGAAGCCGGUUCAGCUGUUCCAACUCUGACUGUUUCACCUGUGGAGCCAGAUACAACAGUCUCAUUGGUCACUCAUCCUGCAAAGACAAGCCCAACUGUUGCUAAAAAAACCCCCAAUGUUUUCCAUAGUGAAUCAGAUGCCACACGCUCAACAGCCACAAGUUCUGGGGCAGAAGCCAGUUCAGCUGUUCCAGCUACAACUGUCUCACCUGGUGUACCAAGGGUGGUGACCUCACAGCCCACUAAUUCUGGGGCAGAGACCAGUACUUUUCCAACUCUGACUGAUUACUCACGUGAACCAAAGACUACAACCUCGUGGGUCACUCAUUCUGGGACAGAAGUCAGUUCAGCUGUUCCAACUCUGACUGUUUUCUCUGGGAAGCCAGAUACAACAGUCUCAUUUGUCACCCAUCCUGCAGAGACCAGCCCAACUGUUCCCCAAACAUCCUCGAAUGUUUCCCAUAGUGAAUCAGACACCACACCCUCAAUGGCCACCAGCCUUAGGGUAGAAGCCAGCUCAGCUGUUGUAACUCCCACUGUCUCCCCUGGUGUACCAGAUAUGGUGACCUCACAGGUCACUAGUUCUGAGACAGCUGCCAGUAUGACUAUUCCAACUCUGACUCUCUCUUCUGGUGAACCAAUGACCACAGCCUUAUUGGUCACCUACCCUGGUGCAGAGACAAGCACAAAUUUUCCUGCUUCAACUGUUUUUCCUCAUUUACCAGAGACCACAGCCUCACCAUCCAUCCAAUCUGGGUUGGAGAUUAGUGUAGCUCUUCCAUCUCAGACUGUUUCCCUCGGUCCACCAGAAACAACAUCCUUCAUCACACCUGUGACUGAGACCAGCAGAAUUGAUCUAGGUCCAACUGUUUCAUUUCGUGUUCCUACAGAAACAGCCUCACCUUCCACACAUCCUGGGACAGACAUCAGCACAACUGUUUCAACUUCAACUCUCUCCCCUGGUUUAUCAGAGACCACAGGCUUAUUGGCCACUGUUCCUACAGCAGAGGCCAGUACAAGUAUCUCAACUAUGACUGUUUCCCCUGGUGUUCUUGGGCCUGCCAGCACCCCCACAAGAGCCGGUGAACAUCAUACUGUAACUUCCUGGAGCACAGAAACCUCACCACUUGCAACCUCAGUUGGACUCCCAGAAUUUUCCAAGACUGUGACAGGGGACACUGUGUCCUUGGUAACAUCAGAGACCCCAACACCACCUAAAACCAGUCACGGAGAAGGAUCAAGUUCAACUACUACCCUGGAAAGUACAACUGUUGAGACCACUAAUUUAGCUGCCACAGGUUCAGGCCCCACCGUGGCCAAGACCACAACCACCUUCAAUACACUGGCUGGAAGUCCUUUUGUCCCUGUGACCACACAUAGGAUGUCCACCUUGGCUUCUGUGAGUGUGACUUCAGGAACAAAUGCAGCUCCUUUCUUGAUGCCUUUUACUGUCAACUUCACCAUCACCAACCUGCGCUACACGGAGGUCAUGGGAAACUUGGGCUCUGAGAUAUUCAGUGCCACUGAGAGACACCUGCAGCACCUGCUCGAGCCCUUGUUCAAGAACAGCAGCGUUGGUUUCCUCUAUGCUGGCUGCAGAUUGACCUUGCUCAGGGCUGAAAAGGAUGAAAGAAGCACCAAAACGGACAUGGUCUGCACUUACCGCCCAGAUCCCACAGGCUUCAGGCUGGACAGAGAACGGCUGUACUGGGAGCUAAGCCAGAAGACCCAUGGUGUCACUCGGCUGGGACCCUAUACCCUGGACAGGAACAGUCUCUAUGUCAAUGAUGUUGGCCCAGCCUUGGUGCUGUUCACACUCAAUUUCACCAUCACCAACCUGUUCUAUACAUCAGACAUGGGGCACCCAGGCUCUGUGAAGUUCAACUCCACUGAGAAGGACCUGAAUCACCUGCUUGAUCUUUUGUUCAAGAACACCAGUGUUGGUCCACUGUACUCUGGCUGCAGACUGAUCUUGCUCAGGACUGAGAAGAAUGGGGCAGCAACUGGAGUGGACACUGUCUGCACCUUCCAUCCUGACCCCAUGGGUCCUUGGCUGGACAGAGAAGAUCUGUACCAGGAGCUGAGUCAGCUGACCCAUGGUGUCACCCAGCUGGGCACCUACACCCUGGACAGAGACAGACUGUACGUCAAUGGUUAUAACCAUCGGCACUGGACCCCUACCACCAGCACUCCAGUGACUUCUACAUUCUCUCCAGAAUCUUCCACAUCUCUGUCCCCCAUCCUCAGCUCUACAGAUAGGAACCUGCUCUCUGGGACCUAUGCAACUUCAACCCUGUAUGCAGGUGUGAGCCCUUCUCUGGUACCCUUCACCCUGAACUUCACCAUCACCAGCCUGCACUACACAGAGGACAUGAGGCCCCCAGGAUCUGAGCUGUUCAACACCACGGAGAGGAUCUUGAAUCACCUGCUCAGACCCUUGUUCCAGAACACCAGUAUUGGGCCCCUGUAUUCUGGCUGCAAAUUGACCUUGCUCAGGCCUGAGAAAGAUGGAACAGCCACUGGAGUUGAUGCCGUCUGCACUCACCUUCCUGACCCUGUGAGCUCUAAGCUAGACAGAGAGAGGCUGUACAGGGAGCUGAGCCAUGAGACCCUUGGUGUCACCCAGCUGAGCUCCUUCACCCUGGACAAGGACAGCCUCUAUGUCAAUGGUUACACCCAUCAGACCUCAGCCCCUACCCCCAGUGCUACUGUGACCUCCGUGCUCUUCCCACGGACCUCAGUGGUGCCAGCCCACUUCUCCAGCUCCACAGCAGCAAUCCCUUUCCUGGUUCAGUUCACCCUCAACAUCACCAUCACCAAUCUGCACUAUGAGAAGGACAUGCAGCGCCCUGGCUCCUGGAAAUUCAACAGCACAGAGAGGAUCCUGCAGGGUCUGCUCAAAGGCUUGUUCAAGAAUAGUAGUCUGGGAUUCCUCUAUUCAGGCUGCAGACUAAGCUCACUCAGGCCUGAGAAGGACGGGACAGCCACCAGAAUGGAUGCCAUCUGCACACAUCGUUCUGACCCUGAAGGCCCUGGACCAGACAGAGAGCAGCUGUACUGGGAGCUCAGCAAGAUGACCCAUGGUGUCACCCGGAUGGGCCCCUACACCCUGGACAGGAACAGCCUCUAUGUCAAUGGUUUCACCCAUCAGAGUUCUGCACUUAUCAGCAGCACUCCUGAGACCUCAACCGUGGACCUAGGAACCUCUGGGACUCCAUCCUCCUCCUCCAGCCCCACAGCCACAAGCCCUACCCUGGUGCCAUUUACCCUCAACUUUACCAUCAUGAAUAUGCAGUACAUGCCAGACAUGGGACAUCCAGGAUCUGCAAAGUUCAACAUGACAGAGAAGGUCCUGCAGCACACUCUCGGUUCUUUGUUCAAGAAUAUCAGUAUCGGCCCAUUGUAUUAUGGCUGCAGACUGACCUCACUCAGGUCCAGGAAGGAUGGAUUAGCCACCAGAGUGGACACCAUCUGCACCUACCGCUCUAAGCCCACAAGCACUGGGCUGGAUAGAGAGCGUCUGUACUGGGAGCUGAGCCAUGAGACCCAUGGCAUCACCCAGCUGGGAUCCUUCACCCUGGACAGGAAUAGCCUUUAUGUCAAUGGAUACACCCAUCAGGCCCUGACCUCCACCCCCAGCGCCACUGGUCCUGCUCUGUUGCCCUUUACUCUCAACGUCACCAUCACUAACUUGCACUUUGAGGAAGACAUGCGUCGCCCUGGUUCCUGGAAGUUCAACACCACGGAGAGAGUCCUGCAGGGCUUGCUCCAACCUUUGUUCAAGAACACUAGUGUGGGCCCCCUGUACUCUGGCUGCCAACUGACCCUGCUCAGGCCUGAGAAGAAUGGGGCAGCCACCAGAAUGGAUGCUGUCUGUACCCACCACCCUGACCCUUUGGGCCCCGGACUGGACAGAGAGCAGCUGUACCGGGACCUGAGCCAGCUGACCCAUGGUGUCACUCAGCUGGGCCCCUACACCCUGGACCAGGACAGUCUCUACAUCAAUGGUUACACCCACCAGACCCAGGCCACCACUCCCAGCAGGCACGGCUUCGCCUUCCCCUCCCCCACUGCAGCUACUGGCCCUGCCCUGGUGCCCUUCACCCUCAACUUCACCAUCAUCAACCUGGGCUACACAGAGGACAUGCGGCCGGGCUCUGCCAAGUACAACUCCACAGAGUCAGUUCUACAACGCCUGUUCAAGCCCUUGUUCACCAACAGCAGCAUUGGUUCACUCUAUACUGGCUGCAGACUGACUGCGCUAAGGCCUGAAAACGGUGGAGCAGCCACAGGAGUUGACGCCAUCUGCACCCACCAUCCUGACCCUGCAGGCCUCGGGCUGGACAGGGAGCGGCUCUACUGGGAGCUGAGCCACCAGACCCAUGGUGUCACCCAGCUCAGUCCCUACAUCCUGGACAGGGACAGCCUCUAUGUCAACGGUUACACCAGACAAGCUUUGACCUCCAUCCCCAGUGUCUCUGGCCCUGACCUGGUUCCAUUCACCCUUAACUUCACCAUCACCAACCUGCACUACAUGGAGGACAUGCAACCUCCUGGCUCAGCGAAGUUCAACAAAAUAGAGAAGGUCUUGCAGCGCCUGCUCAGACCCUUGUUCAAGAACACCAGUGUCGGUCCCAUCUACACCGGCUGUAGGCUGACCUCGCUCAGACCUGAGAAAGAUGGAGUAGCCACCAGCGUGGAUGCUGUUUGCACUCACCACCCUGACCCCAUGGGCCCUGGGCUGGACAGAGAGCGACUGUUCUGGGAGCUGAGCCAGCUGACCCAAGGCACCACCCAGUUGGGUCCCUACACCCUGGACCAGAGCAGUCUCUAUGUCAAUGGUUACACAAACCAGGCUUCAGAAACCACCCCCAGCGCCCCAGAACCACCCCUGGUGCCUUUCACCGUCAACUUCACCAUCACCAACCUGCGCUACAUGGAGGACAUGUGGCCUCCAGGCUCUUUGAAAUUCAACACCACAGAGAAGUCCCUGCAGCUAUUGCUUAGACCCUUGUUCAAGAACACGAGUGUGGGCCCCCUGUACUCCAGCUGCAGACUGAUCCUGCUCAGGCCUGAGAAGAAUGGGGCAGCCACUGGAGUGGACGCCGUCUGCACCCACCACCCUGACCCAGAGGGCUGCAGCCUGGACAGAGAGCAGCUGUACCGGGAGCUGAGCCAGCUGACCCAUGGUGUCACUCAGCUGGGCUCCUACACCCUGGACCAGGACAGUCUGUACAUCAAUGUUUACACCCCGCAGACCCGGACCACCACUCCUAGCAGUUACACUCAUCCAGCCCCGGCCACUACCCCCAAUACCCCUGGCCUCACCCUGGUGUCCUUCACCCUGAACUUCACCGUCACCAACAUGCAUUACACAGAGGACAUGGGGUGCCCAGCUUCUUCAGAGUUCAAUGCCACUGAGAGGAUCCUACAACACCGGCUCCAUCUCUUGCUCAAUAAGACCAGUGUUGGCCCUCUCUAUGCUGGUUGCAGACUGGCCUUGCUCAGGCUUGAGAAGGGUGGAGCAGCCACUGGAAUGGACAUUGUCUGUUCCUACCACUCUGACCCUGAGGGCCCUGGGCUGGACAGAGAGCGACUCUACUGGGAGCUGAGCCAUGAGACCCAUGGCAUAACCCAGCUGGGGUCCUUCACCCUGGACAGGGACAGCCUCUACGUCAAUGGUUACACCUAUGGAGCCGUGGCCCCAGCUACCACCACUGGGGAGGGCAGUGAGGAGCCAUUCACGGUGAACUUCACCAUCGACAACCUGCGCUACUCGGCGGACAUGGGUCGCCCCGGCUCCCUCAAGUUCAACAUCACAGACACCCUCAUGCGGCACCUGCUCAGCUCCUUGUUCCAGAGGAGCAGCCUGGGUCCCCGAUACGCAGGCUGCAAGGUCACCUCCCUAAGGUCAGUGAAGAAUGGCGCUAAGACAGGGGUGGACGUCCUUUGCACCUACUGGCAGCCCCCCAGCGGCCUGGGUCUGCCUGCCAAGCAGGUGUUCCAUGAGCUGAGCCGGCAGACCCGUGGCAUCACCAGGCUGGGCCCCUAUUCUCUGGACAAGGACAGCCUCUACCUCAAUGGUUAUAAUGAACGUGGUCCAGAUGAACCUCCUACAACUCCUGAGCCAGCCACCGCAUCCCUGCCUACUUCAUCAUCACCUGUGCAACCAGAAGCCACCACAGCUUUGGGGCACAACCUGAAGACCCUCACAGUCAACUUCACCGUCUCCAACCUCCAGUAUUCAACAGACAUGAGCAACAGCUCAGCUGUGUUCAACUCCACCGAGAGGGUUCUGCAGAGCCUGCUUGGGUCCUUGUUGAAGAAGAGCAGCCUGGGCCCCUUCUACUCGAGUUGCAGGCUGGUCUCCCUCAGGCCUGAGAAGGAGGGGGCAGCCACCACCGUGGACGCUGUCUGCACCUACCACCCUGACCCCGUGGGCCACGGGCUGGACAGGGAGCAGCUUUACUGGGAGCUGCACCAGCUGACCCACGGUGUCACCCAGAUGGGCCUCUACACCCUGGUCAGGGGCAGCCUCUGCGUCAGUGGCUAUGCACCCCAGAGUUUAUCUCUCCAGAGAGAGUACCAGCUAACUUUCCACAUCAUCAACUGGAACCUCAGCAACCCGGAGCCCACGUUCUCGGAGUACACCGCCCUGCUGAGGGACAUCCAGGACAAGGUCACCAAGCUCUACAGUGGCAGCCAGCUACGAGACAUAUUCCACUCCUGCCUGGUCACCAACUUGACGUUGCAUUCCAUGUUGGUCAACAUCAAGGCACAGUUUUCCUCCAAUCUGGACCCUAGCAUGGUGGAGCAAGUCUUUCUAGACAAGACCCUGAACUCCUCAUCCCACUGGCUGGAUGCCACCUACCAGCUGGCAGACGUACAUGUGACAGAAGUGGAGCCAUCGGUGCAUCUACCAACAGACAAGCCAACAAGCAGUACCAGCCCCCAGCACUUCCAGCUGAAUUUCACUGUCACCAACCUCCUCUAUUCCCAGGACAUAGCCCAGCCAGGCACCACCAAACACCAGUGGAACAAGAGAAGUAUUGAGGAUGCGCUCAACCGGCUCUUCCGAAACAGCAGCAUCAAGAGUUCUUUUUCUGACUGUCAAGUUUUAGCAUUCAGGUCUGUCCCCGACAGUAACCACACUGGGGUGGACUCCCUGUGUGCCUUCUCGCCAUUGGCACGGAGACUGGACAGAGUUGCCAUCUACAAGGAAUUCCUGCGGCUGACCCAGAAUGGUACCCAGCUGCAGAACUUUACCCUGGACAGGAAGAGUGUCUUUGUGGAUGGAUAUUCUCCCAACAGAGAUGAUGCCUUGACUGAGAAGCCUGACAUCCCCUUCUGGGCCCUCAUCCUCAUCUGCUUGGCGGGACUCCUGGUGCUCAUCACAUGCCUGAUCUGCUGUCUCCUGGUCACCACCUGCCGGCGGAAGAAGGAGGGCAGCUACAAGGUCCAGCAACAACGCCUGGGCUAUUACCUGCCCCACCUCGACCUGCGGGAGCAGCGAUGACUAGAUCUGCCUGAGCCCCCUUUUCCCAGCUGGGGUCCAGAGGAGCUUGGCUGGAACAGAACGAAACCACAUUGGUUGGACACAGCCUCCAGGCUUUUCUAGACUUGGCCCCUGACUGGCUCACAGGGGACUAAGAUAAAAGGUUUCACCUUCCUUAAGUCCUGAUGGCGACUGCAACUUCUCUCCUGUGGUGUCACACCAUUUCAUCCCUCAGGGACACCAGAAUUGGUGAAACCAGCACAGACAUUGCCAUCAUGUAAAAUCAAAUCCCCGAACUUCAGUGCAAGAUUUCCCUUUUUAGGAAACUUUGGAACAUCCCUCCCCUUAACUAUGUGCCAGCCAUCACACCCCUCUUGGUUUCUCCAUGUUCCCCAUCCCCUGAAGCCCUGGAAGUCUCAGGUUCCCCUUUUCUGCUUCAUUCUCUGAAGCUGAGGUUCACCAGGACUUCCAGAUCAAUCUCCCUCGAUGGCUCCUCUCUCCACUCAUGGGUCCUCCAUGACGGGAAACAGGCCAAGAUGGGAGGAGUGGGUCAGACAUGACUCUGCAGUCACCUUGGGACUUGGGAGCUGAAAUGACUAGCUGCCUGGGAAGUCUGAAUCCCAGAGUAACACCAAAGCUCUAGAAAGAGAGUGUCUGCUUUGGAUGUGAAAGUGAAUAAAACUCAGGGGGAGAAAUCUGA